CAAAUUAUUUCUCUUUUGAAAAGUACCGUUUAAAGUGAUAAGUACCGAGACACUUCAGCUCUCUACCAGUCGGUCUACGUCUACUGUUUUAUGAAGUAAGAUUGGAAAGUAAUUUUCAUUAAGUAACACAGCAGGUUUCUUUAAUUUCUUCAUUUUCUCCCGCUGCAUGACACUCAUUUUUCAUAAGAAAGCCAGUUAUAAGAAGCCUCUUUCCUGUUAAUCGUAUAUCUCUGUCAACACGGAUCGAAAAGAAAAUUUCUCCUUUUUCCUCAGCGUUUCAUUUUCGAUAAUGUUUUCACAUAUUUAUACAGGCAAAUCAUUCCUAAAAUUUAUUAUUUCAAAAUAUGGAAUCCGUAGUUAUUUCGAAUCUGUGGUAUCUUGACAUAUCGCUCGUACAAAUCUUCGCCUAUCAAGGAAAAGCAAGCAAGUUUUGUCUCACUUCGAUUUGCAAUGUAUAACGAAAUGACGAUGACUCUAAGAAUAAGAUCCAUCAAUGCAACUACUGGAAAAUUCACUUGCAUGUUCUGCAGCCUGAGUUUUAAUCAAAACAGCCCUUACCAUGGAAUAACACUUGAAACACAGUGUAAGCCAAGAUAUGCUGAAGCGCUCAACAUAGAUAUGCUGACAAUUUACAUAGAGACAGAAAAGCACAGGAUGCCAGCCAUUCUGCUGUGUCUAUUGUUGCAGCGACCUUGAAAACGUUUGUAUUAUAUGAAGAUUGAUUGUAUACCAUCUUAAGCUAAAUGAAGAGUUGAAGAAGUGACUACAUCCAUGCUACAACACAUUAACCCAUAGGCGUAAACUCAGGGGGGGGGCUCUGGGGCUUCAGCCCCUCCUGACGAAAACCCUGGAAAAUAAGGAAAUGCUUUACCAAUUUUUAGAUUAGUUUGUUAUAUUAUUGGUUUGACGCAUAAGAUUUGUUGCAUUAGAUAAUUGCGUUAAUGAAAAAUUCAAGGAAAAAUCGCCUUCAAGCCCUUAGCUAAUCCACUUUCUAUCCUGUGACAUCAGCAGCUGCCAUUAGGAAUUGUCAUAAUGAGCCCCCCUGAAAAAAAUGCAAGUCUACGCCUAUGCAUUAACCAAUGUAUCAAGAGCAAUUAUGAAUUUUUUGGAUAGGCAAUUUACUGCCUAGAUGAGACUGGAAACCGAAUCAAAACUAUCGUUAGUUUAUUGCUAACUUUAUGAAAAGCCUGUACAGUUUGCAAAAUCUUUUGAAACGUGUUGAGUUGAUAAAAGAGAAUAAGGAAAUAAAAGCAAUGAAAAUAAUAAGACGGUUUUAGGAUCAUAGCUUAUAUUUUCUAUAGAUCCUCAUCUUGAUAUAAUUAUAUAAAAGCGGCAGAAAGAUGCAUUGGUACUUCAACUCAAUUACCAUAGUAAUGUACAGCGCAAUGAUCAUGCCCCCUAUUUAGUUGAUCAAUGUGGAUUAGUUGGGCUUGGAUGGCCAGAUUCUUCUUUCCGAGCAUCUUCUAAAUCUUUAAGCUCAAGAUUGGCUGCCUUACACUACGUAAUGACAAACCAAUCAAACUUCCUUCAUAUAGAACAUAUUUUUACAAAAUUGCAAUGUCCUUCAUAUUCAAAUUUCAAUAUUUUUUCUGAAUAUGCUGAUUAACACGUCUGUUAACUGCACGUUCUCUUUAAUUUCAUACUUUUUAAAACAAACAAGUUAAAAAAAAUAUUGCAAAUGAAGAAAAAGGCGUAAGAUUUUCAGCGUUCCUUGUAAGACUUUAAAAUCACAAAAAUUUUGUAAGACUUAGCAUAAAGCGUAAGACUUAACCAACAGUGGUGUCCAGUGGCAUGCAAAAUCUAGCAACAAGAAAUGUGGCUCGAUAGCUCUUUUUGAGACUUUUCCAUCCCAGGGAUAACUUCAGUAGGCUGAGGGCAGGAGUGUGUCAUUUUAAAAUAUGAAAACAUGCCCUAAAAUUUAUAAGUUUUCCAAAAACCCUACCCCAAAAUUUAGAUACAAUAUGGAAUGUAUUCCCUUAAAUUUAUUUCAAUGCAAAAAUCCAACAACACAAUCAAGUAAAUCAAAACAUAUUACAUUUCUUUUAAAAACGAUUCCCCACAAUUUAAGGUCAUGCUAAAAUUCAAUGCCAAAAUUUAUGACCAUGUUUGAUUUUACCAAAAUACCCCAGAAAAUGGCACAUCCCUUACCACCGUGGAAGUUACCUCUCUCCCGGGUUUUCCAUAUAUCCAUCAGCCUAAAAGCUUUUUUCGUGUUCUAUAUUUAUUAAAUAAAUCAGAUGAUCACCCAAGUCUCAGCCGGGACAGAGACGGAUUUAAGUAACAACGAUUGGGGGGUAUAUUAGACACUAAUUGGAUUUUGAUCCCACACCCUUCGGGUCAUUGCUGGAUGAUGGAAACGCCCACUGGAAACAAAUUUAACAUUCGGUUUUUAACUUAAAAGUAAAGAAGGUAAGAAAGCGUUACUUUGUUCCUACUGACUACCAAAAAAUUAUAAAUUUACCGAAGGAAACAGAAAUAUUGGGGGGGGGUGUCGCACACCCUAUAUCCCCCGCAAAAUCUGUCCCUGUUGCAGGAUCAAGGCUAUCGAUCGGCAAAGCUGAGAGAUUCUUGGUAAAAGUGGGGGGCUUGGAAAGCGGUGAAAGUCUUAUCUCAUUCUGUAUUAAACAUCAAAAAUUGGAUGGUACCACUCAACCAUGUGGCAGUGGUCCUAGAGUUUGAUUGACUGGUAGGUUAUCACGUGACGUGAAGGCAUGCGCGUAGUUGUUGUUUGUCCAAAAGCUUUGUGGUUGCGGUUGCUUGAUGGCAAAUAUGGCGGUGUUUUGAAGCUUUUUUGAGAAAUAACUCGACUUUAGAACAAAUAGCAAACUUUUUUCUUUAAUAAAUUUCCAGAUUGUUGUUUAAUUUCACUUUUUCUUUGGACAAAUGGAUGCAGAAAUGCCCAAAAGUGUGGAUGUACCGAUGCAAGUGGAUGACCCGCCUAUAGACAAAAUGGAGGAUGGUGUUGUCGUUGUUGUUGGAAGCGGGGCAAUUGAAUGUGAAGUUGAGAAGGAUAAAGCCAGCGAAGUGAGGAUACAAGCUCAAGGAUCACAAGACGAUGGUUAUGAGCAGGAAGAACACGUUUUGGACGAAAACAUCGAGUUGAUAAAAGUUGCUUUAGCGGCAGAGCAUGGAGCGGAGCAAACGAUUAAGGCCGAAAAGGACAAUGGCGCCAUCAACAGCGAAGGCCUACAGCAGUCGGAUAUACUGUCCAGUGCGAGUGUUGUUAAAAGUAGUCAAACGGUAGCUCAGGUACCCGGGGAUUUAAGUGGGGAGAUUUCAAAAAAGAACAGUACAAUUUAUGUUGAAAAUUCUUCGGCAUAUGGAGCUAAAGUUGUUGAACAUGGGACCGAAACAGAAGAACAAAGAGACGUCGCCAUUGAUGAAGCCAUUACCGAUGAAGAUGCUAUCGGCGCUUUACAGGAUGAGACUGAUUUAACCAAAUUUACAGAAACAAGGCAAGUAAGGGCAGAGAAUGUCACUGAUGCUACUGACAAACCAAGUUUUGACAUUGUUGUGCUUCCAACUGCUGAUGAAAUUACAAAGAAGGAAUUUGAAGAAGAUGAAAUGGAAAGUGAAGCAGAUAGCAAUCUUGCAUCUAUGAGACUUGCCAAUUACGCUUGUGAAGAAUGUGGCAAGAGGUUUACACACGUUUCCAGCAAAAAGCGACACAUGCUGAAGCACAAGGAAGGUGAUUCUCCCAUUGUUUAUCAAUGCUUGGCCUGCUCAAAGACAUUUCAAUAUAAUUCAAGCUUAAAGAGACACCUUAAACUGCAUUCUGAAGAAACAACAGGAAAAGCCUACACAUGUACAGAGUGCACAAAAGCCUUCAUGUAUGCAACAAGUUUAAAGAGGCAUUUGAAGACCCAUUCAGGUAAAGAAAUUUACCCAUGUUCCCAUUGCCAACGUUGUUUUGAAUAUGUUUCAAGCUUGAAACGACAUGAAAAGCUUCAUACAGUAGGAAAAGGCUUCAGAUGUGAAGUCUGCUCAAAAGCAUUUGGAUACCUUUCCAGCUUAACAAGACAUCAGCGAGUUCAUCAGAAAUCUCUCACUUGUGAAAAAUGCAACAAAGACUUUAGACUUUAUAAGAGUUAUGUAAAGCAUCUAGAAGAGCAUGGGGAGAUUCUAGGAGAGGAUGUUAUAGCUGCUAUGCAGGUAGAGGAUACAGGAGAUGAAGAAGAAGAGGAUGUAAAACAGGAAUUUCAAUCAGGAGAUGAAGUUGAGAUCAAAUGCAAAGCAGAUCACAAUGAUGCUGAAGGUCAAAUUGCAGAAAACUCUGUUAGUGCAGAUAUGGUGGUUGAUAAUAUUCCUCCAUCAAGUGAAAAUAGCCAACUUGAUGCCAUUCAAGGAGACAUUAUUGACUUACAGUCAGCUGAAAACCAUCCAUUUGUCAAAUUUGUUGUUUCCCAGAAUACUGUUACUCUGGAACAUCUUCAAUCACUUCAAGCAAGUCAUGCUGCUGCCAUUAGUACAGAAGGCACAGCAAAUCAAGAUGCUGUCACUUAUGCAGUUGUUCAGGCAGCAGAUGGCAGUUCUGUAUUAGGUGAAAAUUGCAUGGCUGCAAACAGUAUACAAGACUUGGCAGACAAUCAGGUAGGCGGUAUUGUCUUAGUGGAGUUAGACCAAAACAAUAAAGUUACUGAAAGACAUAUGGAGGGACUGCAGGCUGCAAAUCUUUUGCAGUUGUUACAGGCUGUUGAAGGAUUUGCUGUUGAGGCCAAUGUGCAGCCAGAAAAAGGAGCUGAACAACUUCCAGGUGCUGAGAAUGAGGUUGCUUUAAAGACAGAAUCUGAAGCAGACAACAAUCAAGUAAAAACAUAGACAAGGACUUUCUUCAUCAAAGACUGCCAGUACUGCUUGUUAUUUUAUAUGUAUAAAGACCAGAUAUUUUUCUUUGGGUGUAUUAACCUGAAUACAAUACAGUUGAAGCAAAUAAAAACUUUUUCUGAAUUGAACAACUUAUUUAA